AUGCCUCCACGUCGCAGCACGCCCCGGAAGGGUCGUGCCGAGAGCGCCGACCCUGCCCCUGCCACGGAAGCGGCCGCUGACUCCCCUGUGACCACACCUAGGCGCACGACGCGCGGCCGCCGCGCCACGACCAAGGCCGCCGCGGCUGAAGAGUCGGUGCCGCCUGUGCCGAAGCCCAAGACGAAGUCGACGACUCGGGCGCGAGCGACCAAGGCUGGAAAGGAGGCUGUCACCAAGGCGGAGAAGGAGGCUGACCCCAAGACGGAGAAGGAGGCUGACCCUAAAACGGAGGAGGCUGACCCCAAGACGGAGGAGGCUGACCCCAAGACGGAGAAGGAGACUGAUACAUUGAAGAACGAGCCUGACGCGGAGGCGGAGGCGCUCGCAGAAAGUGCGACGCUCUUCGAGCGCAUGCACAAGCUGCCGACGCGCACGAAUCCGCGACUCGGCGAAGUCAAGUCGCGCCAAGUUAAGCUCCAGGUCAUCCGGCGCGAAGACAAGGAGAUUAUUAUUGGGCGCAUCAAGCUCCCCACCGUGAAUGGCGCCGAGCAUGGUUUCUUGCUAAAGCGGUGCGUGUUUGUGACUAAUAGCAGCUUCGACACGAAUGCGAUUGCCGGCUCGUCCAUGUUCCGCCUUGCCUUUCCGUUUGCCGAGGCGGAGGAAGAGAGUGCGGAGAUGGCCUACCUCGAGUCGCGCUUCAACACCGAUGUCGCGAACGGCGGCUUUCUUCCUGCGCCGCGCACGCGUGGCCGCAAACCCGCGUCCAUGCGCAAGGGCACUCUGCCGCCUGGCUCCACGGGCGUGCGCCUGCAGGGCGUGUGGAUUCCGUGUGACGAGGCGCUGUCGAUUGCAGCUGACUACGGUCUGAAGGAGCUGGCGCAGCCGCUGAUUGAUGCCACGGCGGUGCUGCCGCCAAAUGAGGAUGUGCCGGUGCUGAACCCUGAUGCGGAGACGCUGGCUGCGAUUAAGAACGGCGAAAAGGUCCAGACAGAACAGCCUGCGACGCCCGUGCGGCAGACGAAGCGCGCACGCACUGUGCGCGAGUCGGCGUCGACGACGUCAACGCCGCUUGCGGCUGUUGAGGAGAUCGUUGAUGUACCAGCAGCGACGACGGGUCGCCGCCCCACGCGCCGCCAGGCGCGCGCGACGGCCGCUGAGGCAGCGUCGCCUGCCGAGAACCCCCUGACGUCCGCGUCCGUGGAGGAGCAAAUCGCGGAGGCCAAGCGUCUCGCUGCGCAGAUCCAGUCAGAAGCUCGCACGGAGGCCAUCCAGGAACGAGCGUCGGCCAAGCGCCGCGCCGAGGACGACGACGAAAACGUCGCGGAGGAGCCGCAGGCGGCCACCGGCCGCAUGACGCGUGUGCUGCGCAAGCACCGCCGCCCUAUCGCUGGUGCAGCAGGCAUGCUUACCGCUGCAGGCGCAGUGGGUCUGGGCGCUGUGGCGCUCUACUCGGGCAACAUCAACUUGUCCGCCACUGUGCCCAACGUGCUGCAGCAGCUGCAGCACGUCGACUAUGCGAGUGCGCUCCAGACGAUCCAGCAGAAUAUUCAGAACUGGGCCGUAUCGUCCUGGUUUGGUUAA